CUCGUCUCCGUGACCCAGGCGGCCCGCCGCUUCCGCUCGCACUGUGGAAGCCAUGGCGAGCUUCACCAAGUCCGCGCAGCAAUGGGCUACAUUUGCUCGAACCUGGUACCUUUUAGAUGGAUGGAUGCAACCGCCAGGGAAGCUUGCAAUCGUUGCAAGCGUCCGGCUGGAGGGAAAGCAUAAGCCGAUAUACCAUGCAUUGAGUGACCUUGGGGAUCAUGUCGUCAUCAUUAAUACAAGGCAUAUUGCUUUUUCUGGCAACAAAUGGGAGCAGAAAGUAUACUCAUCACAUACUGGAUACCCUGGUGGCUUCCUGCAACUUACAGCUGCUCAACUACAUAAAAAAGACCCAACCGCA